AUGCUGGAUCAGGGUUCUGGAAGCUCAUGGAAAGACACAGGUAAUGGGAAGGGACUUUCACGACCUUCUUCAGGUCAUUUAUCCUCACCCAUAUCAUCUGAACCACAUCAGCGGCACCAAAUCGGAUCCAAUAUAAAAGUAUACGUGAGGUGUAGGUCUAGAAACCAGAGAGAAAUAGAUGAGAAGAGUAGUGUUGUAGUAUCAACUAUGGGACGUAAGGGGAAAAGUGUCAUACUAUCGAAUCCAUCAAGCCCCCUUUCACAUCCGAAGAAGACAUAUAUGUUUGAUGAAGUGUUUGGUGCUGAUAGCGACCAGGAAUCAAUCUUCACAGAAGUGGCUAAAAAUUACAUCCAAGAAAUGCUAGAAGGUUAUAACUGUACCGUUUUCGCAUAUGGACAAACGGGUACUGGUAAGACUUAUACCAUGUCAGGAGAUAUGAGCAUUUGGGGGGAUUUAGAUUCCCAAGAUAAAAUUUUAUUGGGUGAACAUGCUGGGAUAAUACCGCGAGUUCUUGUUAAUUUGUUUAAACAAUUGUCAAAAGAAACUACAGAGCAUUCUGUCAAAAUCUCGUUCCUCGAAUUGUACAACGAAAGAUUAAAGGAUUUAUUAGCAGAUAACGAUAGUGAUGAAGACAACAUUAGAAUAUUUGAUAACAACAAUUCCAACGCUCAUGGUGCUAGCAAUGGUAUGAGUCAGGUUAAAAUGAACAAAUCCAAGGUAAGAGCACCAACGUUAUCAGGAGCUACCGUUUCUUCUUCAGCGAGUAAUAGUUCAACCUCUUCCUCCUCCUCAUCAUCUUCAAUAACAGUCAAAGGUAUGGAGGAAAGGUAUAUCAAAUCAGCUUACGAAGGCUUACAACUGUUGACUAAGGGAUCUUUGAAAAGAAAAGUAGCGGCUACCAAAUGCAACGAUCUGUCUUCCAGAUCACAUACUAUUUUCACUAUUGUAACACAUGUCGCUAGAACGGAUCCAGUUAGUGGAGAACAAUACGUGAAAAUUGGUAAAUUGAAUUUAGUGGAUUUGGCCGGAAGUGAGAACAUAAAUAGAUCAGGUGCCGAAAAUAUGAGGGCUCAAGAGGCAGGUUUAAUCAACAAGUCACUUUUGACACUAGGAAGAGUAAUUAAUGCAUUGGUGGAACACUCCUCUCAUAUUCCCUACAGAGGUUCUAAAUUGACACGGCUUUUACAAGAUUCACUGGGCGGCAAAACCAAGACGUGUAUUAUCGCAACGAUUUCACCGGCUCGAAUAUCAAUGGAUGAGACUGUAAGCACGCUAGAGUAUGCGACAAGGGCAAAAUCCAUUAAAAACACUCCUCAAGUAAACCAAUCCUUGUCAAAAGAUUCAUGCAUCAUGGAAUAUAUUUAUGAGAUAGAACGGUUGAGACAAGAGUUGAAGGCAUCACGACAGAGAGAGGGUAUGUAUAUUACGCAAGAGCAGUAUGAUCUUUAUGAGAGCAAUAGUUUAUUGGUAGAGGAACAAAAAGUGGUCAUACAAAAUAUGGGGGAACAGAUUAAAAGAUUCAAGGAGAAAUAUGUGGAACAAACAAAAUUAAGCAAAGAAGCACAUAGACAAUUCCAAGAGUCUCAAAAGGUCUGCGAUACACUAAGGAUUCAAAAGAAAUUUAUGCUAGAGACAUUCGAAAAGUAUCACACAACUUGUAAAGAACAUGCAGCCCAGAUUGAUCAAAUCCAUUCAGACAAUAUAUCAUUGAUAGAAUCGCUCAGGGUAGAGCGUAACGAAAUGUCUACAAGCGCGCUUGAUAAUGCUGGAUUAAUUUCUAAGAUACUGACAACCAUAGCAGAGCGUUCGGAACAAUUGACCAGCUUGAAAGCAGAUUUAGAAGUACGAAUAUCUGAUUUCGAGCGUUUUUCUUCCAGCAUGCUCUUAGAUUUUGAAAGAAAUGCCCUUUCAAGAAUCAAUCAUUCUAGGGAUGACCUAUUAUCUCUUGAGAUUACAGACUCUCUCGAACAAAUCCAGGCAAUGCAUAAUUCUUUGAAUGUUACUCUACAAAAUAUUCGUAAACCUUGGAAGAAAGAAACUGAAGCCAUUUACUAUACACAUAAGAACAUCAUAGAAAAUUGCGGAAAUCAACUAUAUGAAUACGUUGAAAAGCUAGAGAACUCGUUGGAGACAAUUUGGAAUCAGCUAAAAAAAACAUCUAUAUCAGAGAUGGGUGAAUUGAGAAGAUAUGGUGACCAAUACACUGACGACGCUCUGGCUCUAGUGCAUAAAGAAAGAGAACGCCUUCAAUUUUUGGAAAACGAGCUAUUGAAAAAAUCACAGGCUUUGAAAGAGUCAAAUGAACAAUUGGAAUCUUUACAAUCUUAUUUCAAACACCAUUUAAUCAAAGAAAGGGAUGAGAUUUUACAAGAGACGUUCAAGGCUCUGAGGAACUCUGAGAGGCGUCACAAGAGUUUGGAUGACCAAAUGUUUGAAAAAUCAUCCGUCGUGUUGGCAAGAACCAAGGAGCAGAUGCAUACCGAGUACCUCUCAGGUGUUGGCGGUAUAAACAGACAAAGCUCUGACUCUUUAACCUCUAUCGAUAAAUCACUACAAUCGUUCAAAAAGGAAUAUGCCUUAUUGGGUCAGCAAAAAACAGAGAAAUUGGAUCAACUUGUGAAAUAUCGUUCCGUAAAACACUCCUUCCAGGAAUUUUUGGAUAAAUUAUCCAAAUAUUGCAAUGAAAGAUCUUCCAGAAACCUGUUGCAAUUGCUGAAAAAUCUCAAUUCUCAAAUAUCAUGGGGAGCAGAAUCUCUGGGUAACGAAGUGAAAAGUAUUGUUAGUGAAACUCGCCAAAAAAUCCAAAGGAGCGUAGAACGAGACGAGUCCCAACUAAAGGCGGCACUACUAAAUUUGGAGAAUUUAUCCAACUACAUAAGUGAUGUGUGCAGGGAAGAAGCACCACAACACUUCAAAGAGCAAGCAAACAUACUUUCUUCUCAUUGUAAUAAUGUGAAUUCGGUAAUAUCUGGACUUGAUGGAACUAAUGAGUAUCUUUCAGAAGUGAAUAAGCCCAAGAUCAAAAUUGAUGUGGACAACAAAAUAACAAGAGAAUUACCGCAGUUAGAGAGCCCCGGCGAUUAUAACGUUUACAGGAACAACAAUGAUCUUCCAAAAGGUGAAACUUGGCAGAAUGAGGACCCAUUGACCCAAAAUUUGGUUUACAGUCCCAGUACUCCAAUGCCCGUUCCUGACCAACCUCUACCAAAAGUAUUGGUACCCAAGAGUAUCAAUUCCAGUGCCAAAAGAUCACACACUUUACCAAUAGAAAACAAGAAAAAUCUCACCGUAGGCGGUUUUGGUCCAAAUAAUUUAAAAAGGAGAUUUACUUUAGAACCUCCAAAUAGGAAUGACAAGGAAAAUAUAGGCGAUAGUCGAACUGGUAAGAAAAUUUGUAACAGUAGGAAUGAGAUUUGA